AUGGCAAAGGUUUUCAAGUUAGCGCUCUGCGUGGCCGUUUUGACUUUUGCUGUACUAUCUUCUGCCGCCGGCCGUCCCGUACCAGCAAACCUGAAGAAGUUGUACAACCAUGCCAAGGCAGGCACUCACCGCUGCCGUUCCCCUCUUAGCAGCACCAGAUUCACCGACGGACACAAACGCGGCGGCUUCAUUUACUGCGGCGAUCACGAAGGCAUACUUUACCUCACUGGCUCCUCGGACCGCAUGGCCCUAGCAGACAUGGACGUUGACUGCGACGGCAUCAACAGGUCCAAGGGCGCUUGUGCCAACGAUCCAUCAGGACAGGACCAAACAGCCUUCAAACACGAGGUGUCUAGCUACGGCAUCGAUGAUCUAGAUUCAAAUAAACACGGAUACGUCGUGCUAGGUAACCAGGGCUCUGCACCAAGUUACCUCCCCUCUGCCUCGGGCGUAGAGUCACUCAGCGUCGUGGCUGUGGUGUGCAAUGAUAUACUGUUUUACGGUGUAUGGGGUGAUACCAACGGCGGCACGGAUGUAGGGGAAGCGUCGAUGUCUCUUGCCCAUGCAUGUUUCCCCGACGAGCAUUUAUCUGGAGAUAACGGCCAUGAGACGCAUGAUGUUCUCUAUGUCGCGUUCAUGGGGAAGCAGGCUAAGCCUGGGGCUAAGGGGGCGAAUUGGAGGGCAUCGAGCUUCAAUGCUUUUGAGACCUCGUUGGCUCAUAUCGGUGAUACGCUUGUGUCGAAGAUUAGGGUGUAG